AUGUCUCCUCUGCGGAUUUCAGAGGAAAUCAUCGCUACUCCCGCCAGGAUGACCGCUCUGACAACCUCACCAGUAGAGAGCGUCUCGGCCGAACUCGAGAAAAGAACUCUCGAUGUUCAGUCUCCAGCAGGCGAUGGGGCACUACAGUUACUAGAAGCCGGUUCGGCGAGCGUCCUCGACCCCGCAGCAUCUAGACGACUGUUGCGCAAGAUCGACUUGUAUAUCAUGCCAUUGAUCUGCAUCGUGUACUUCCUCCAGUAUCUGGACAAGAUCGCCAUCAGCUAUGCCAGUGUCACGGGGAUGCGCGAGUCAGCAAACCUCCAGGGCAACCAAUUCAACUGGGUGUCGAGCAUCUUCUUUUUCGGCCAGCUAGCCAUUUCCCUGGCAAAAUACGUCGCCGUCAACGUGACCAUCUGGGGCACCAUCCUGGCCUGCAUGGCGGCAUGCAAGUCGUUCGCUUCCUUGAUGGUCUGCCGCACGCUUCUGGGCGCUGCAGAAGCCUCUAUCGUGCCCGCCUGGGUAGUCUUCACCUCGCAGUGGUACCGGAAGGAUGAACAGGCUUUCCGCGUCGGUCUGUGGUUCUCCAUGUGUGGAUUUGCGCAGAUGUUCGGCGGUUACGUCGCAUAUGGCGUGGCAACUCACAUCGGCGGGGAUCCUAGCGCCUCCCUACGAGGCUGGCAGGUUAUCUUCCUGAUCCUGGGCCUGCUCACCGUGGCAAUGCACGCCGAGCGUCUUCGGGGUAACGGACAGGGUAUUGGAACCAAUGUCUUUAAGAAAGCCCAGGUUUACGAAGCCCUUACCGACCCGCAUACCUGGCUCUAUGCCUUCUGGGUCCUGGCGGCAAAUGUACCUAACUCCACUGCCACAAGUUUUGGAAACAUCAUGGUAACAGGGAUGGGCUUCUCGAAAACGGAAAGUCUUCUGCUUGUGACGCCCAUGGGCGCUUAUGAGGUGGUGGCUCUGGUUGGCCUGACCUAUCUGGCAAUGAAGACACAGCGGCGACUGUUCUGGUGCAUCAUAGGCCAUAUCCUGGCAGUCGUGGGUGCGAUCUUAAUGGCGACAACCGACAAGGUGCCGGCCCUUGUGGGAUACUAUCUCACCGGGGGCAUUCCACUUGGAUGGACGACAAUUCUUGGGCUCACCAGUACCAAUGUGGCUGGCUCAACCAAGAAGAUCACUGUGUCGUGCAUCCAGACGAUUGCCUACACUGUCGGCAACAUCAUCUCGCCGCAGACCUUCCAAGCCAAAGAUGCCCCAGGGUAUUUGCCGGCCAAGAUCUCUAUCUGCAUCCUGUAUUUCAUCGUCACGCUAGACCUGUGCCUUAUCUGGUGGAUAUCGCAACGAGAGAAUCGUCGACGUGACGAGCAAAAGGAGGCAUUGGGUGAGGCGUACGUCGUUCCAGAGAACCACGAAUUUUUGGACCUGACAGACCGGGAGAAUCCAGAAUUCCGUUAUGUGAUAUGA